UGUCAGUCGCUCAACCAAACUGAACUCACAAGUCUCAACUUCUGCCCGCGGGAUUUCUUGGGCGGAGAUGCCAUAUUAGCCCCCACCACCGCCAGCUCAUUUUCUCUCCACCCUCCUUUUACAAUCUUCCUAUCUAUAUACUCUGACUAUAUAUCACUCUGUGAUUCUCUGUAUUUAUACGCUGUACCUCCAAAAUAAUGUGCACGCGCCAAGGAAUUUGUUCUUCGUCUCUGUCUCUUUUGCUGAAUUAUACAUAAAACGUCACUGGCAUUGGACGCGCAUGUCUGAUCACAAAGCAGGUCUAAUGGCGGACCAGCUUUCCAAGACGACAUCCAUUUUUGGAUUGCGCUUAUGGAUAGUCGUUGGCGUUUGUGUGGGCGCAGCUUUUGUGCUCAUUCUCUUCCUAAUAUCUCUCUGGUUCGCCUCCAAAUGCACCAGGAAGCACAAACCCUCCUCAAAACCUGCAAUCCCGGUCGUAUCCAAGGAGAUCCAAGAAGUGAAAAUCGACUGCAACACUAGACCACCCAGCAAGACGCAAAUCCAAGCAGACCCGUGCCCGGAAUCUGACCCGCUGACUGGAAUUGAACGGCAGGCGUUGCUUCUGCAGCCGGGAGAGGAGAGCCCAACUGGGUAUCAUGGGAUUCACGUUGAGAUUGGUAAGACCAUAGAUUUCUUAUCCUGGGUGUUCUCUGCACGGAGCGGCGAGACACGAGAGAGGCGCGGUUGCGGCGAGGACCAGGUGGCCGCAGUUGUACCCGAGGUUUCGCAUUUGGAUUUGGUUAGAUUACUAGGUUACUGUGCUGGAGCUCACAGGAUGCUGGUAUAUGAGUAUGUUAAUAGUGGGAUAGAACAGUGGCUUCAUGGAGAUGUAGGGCCACGGAGUCCGCUUACCUGGGAAAUUCGGAUCAAUAUUAUACUUGGAACAGCAAAAGGGUUGAGUUACCUUCACGAGGGACUCGAGCCCAAAGUUGUUCACCGGGACAUAAAAUCAAGCAACAUUUUACUUGAUAGGCAAUGGAAUCCUAAGGUUUCAGACUUUGGCCUUGCCAAGUUGCUUGGUUCUGAGAGAAGCUACAUCACAACUCGUGUGAUGGGAACAUUUGGAUAUGUUGCUCCUGAAUAUGCAAGUACUGGGAUGUUGAAUGAGAGAAGUGACGUGUAUAGUUUUGGAAUUCUCAUAAUGGAAAUAAUUACUGGGAGAAAUCCAGUUGAUUAUAGCCGACCUCCUGAGGAGGUGAACUUGGUGGACUGGCUUAAGAGAAUGGUAUCUAACAGGAAUCCUGAGGGAGUGUUGGAUCCCAAGCUGCCUGAGAAACCAACAUCUAGAGCCCUUAAGCGCACUCUUCUUGUAGCUCUGCGUUGCGUGGACCCAAAUGCACAGAAGCGACCAAAGAUGGGCCACGUUGUCCAUAUGCUUGAAGCUGAAGAAUCACCUUUCAAAGAUGAUCGAAGAGCUGGAAAAGCUCCAGCUGAUGCAAAUCAUGGUAGCACCAAAGAGGAGUUGAGCAAGCAGCAGAUGGAGAUGACAGAAGCAGGCGAGAGUAAUCAACAUGAAAGUGGGCUGCAUGUUAAUGAGGCAAGAUAGGGACAUCUUCAUGGAUGGAAACAAGAAAAAGGGUUCACAAAAGCUUGUUUGAGAUGGAAUUUAUACUUCAGAUCUCCUGCAACUCUGCCAGGAAGCUUGCGUAUACAAAUUCCAAUUGAUGGUUCAAGUUUGGUGACUAUCAUCUAUUCUUGUAUAUAGUAUGUGGUUUCCAUGGUUGCUUCACUUUAUCUCUGGAAGAUUCAAUUCAAAUCUCUUAGGCACUGUCUUUUGUCAUUUCGUUGUGAACGAAAUUGUUCCAAAUUCAUUUUGUUUUAAAAAGGCAGGUAUAUCUUUAGCUUUCCUUGUGUAGAACUUUGUUCAACUUUGGUAUCAUAUAACAGAUCUAUUUCAUGAAAGGAAAACUUGAAAA